AUGAGUUCUUACUUUACAAAUUACAUGCCAGACAUGAGAAAUGGUGGUGUUGUAUCGGCUGAGCAUCAACAUCAGCAUUAUGGAGCCGCUGUUCAAGUGGCUCAAGGUGGAGGACCAGUCCAAGGCGAUCCAAACUCCUGCUCAGGUGAUCCCUCCGUGGUGGGCUUGCGACAAGGAAUCCCGCCUCACCACUACGGCGGCCCACCGGCAGCGGGUCAACCUCCCCAAGGAAUGCCCUACCCAAGAUUUCCACCGUACGACAGGAUGGACAUCAGGAAUGCGGGGUACUACAAUGCCCAGCAGCAGCAGCAGAUGGACGGCCAGUACAGGCCGGAUAGUCCUACCAGCAUGCAUAUGGCAACGAACGGACCUCCAAACGGACACCAAACCCCUGUCGUCUAUGCUAGUUGUAAACUGCAAGCGGCAGCGGUGACGCAGAAUGGGGUGUUAGGCCCCACCGGUAGUCCACCCUUAGAUAGUGCACAAAGCAUGAACACCCAUCAUAUGGGCCACCACAUGCAAGAACAACACCCGCAACACCACCAGCAACCACACCAUCAGCAACAGCAACACAUGAUGUACGGGGCGCAGCAGACUGCCAACAUGCAUCAGCCUCCUCAACAUCAAGCUCCUCUCCAGCAGCAACCUCAACCCGGCCAGCAGCCGCCCAAUAAUACGGCUUCUGCGUUACUAGUCCUCUUUACGUCAGACCCAUGUCAAAUGUAUACCUACGAACAGCCCGUCAAAAAACACGAGAAUAGAACCGCCAUGUUAGAUAUUCUGCCUCGAAGACCAUUAGUCGAUGAGCUUGGAGAUUAA